AUGAGAAUUGAAUAUGGUAACAUUAUACUUCAUUUAACCAAAAAGAAUUUCUUGAAUUGUUUCAAUUUUUAUUUAUAUAAAUUUUUUUUUGUAAUGCUUCAACGAAGAUCUUUAAAUAAUGAGUUACCUGAGAGGAAAGGUUUGUUAUCAGAUUUUGAUAAUAAUGAUAUUCCUCCUGAUAGUAUACCACCUGCUCCACCAGAUCCUUGGAAUAUUGAUGAUUUACUUCCAGAAGAACAAGAGUUUAUAAAUCCAAUGCCAUUAUGGAAAAAGUAUGGCAAAUUAAUUUUAUUUCACAUAGGAUUAUGUUUUUUAAGUUUAUUAUAUAUAAUUGGUGGAGCCUUCAUUUUUUUUCAUUUUGAAAGACCUAAUGAGUUAGCAAUCAGAUCUGAAAAUAUAAAUAAAAUAAAUGAAGAAAAAACAAAAAUGCUUAAUCAUGUUUGGGAAAUGCUUAAUGAUGAUACUUUAUCAAAAGAAUAUAUUGAAGAACAGGCUAUGGAAUAUAUUGAUAAUGUUACAAGAUUAUUGUUUGAAGCAUUUGAUACACAUUAUAUAACUGCAACACAUUUAAAUCAAGGAAUAGAUUCUAGUGAAGAUGAAUAUUCAUGGACAAUUACUACUGCAAUAUUUUUUACAACAACUCUUUUAACAACUAUAGGAUAUGGUAAUCUUGUUCCCACAUCAUUUUAUGGAAGACUUUUUUGUAUUGUUUAUGCUUUAUUUGGUGUCCCUUUAAUAUUAAUAACUGUGGCAGAUAUUGGAAAAUUUCUUUCCGAAAAUAUAAUUCGUUUAUAUGGUGCAUAUACCAGAGCAAAAAAGAAGAUUAAUAAGAAAUAUAACGAGAAAAUGAACAAUAAUAACAAUAUCAUUCCUAUAGAUGGCCAAUUUGAAGGAGAUGAUGAUAACACAAAAGAAAAAGACCAGUUAAUGCAAUUUGGUUUGGGAAAUUAUGUAGCAAUUCCAAUCUUACUAAUUGUUACAAUUCUUUUAAGUUAUAUGGCAAUCGGAGCCUUAAUAAUAGCAAAUUUAGAGGGAUGGCAUUUUUUUGAAGGUUUUUACUUUAGUUUUAUUACAAUGACAACUGUAGGAUUUGGAGAUAUUGUUCCUCUCAAUCACCGUUUCUUCUUUUUUGACUUAGCAUACAUUAUUGUUGGUUUAGCAAUAACAACAAUGUGCAUUGAUUUGUUUGGUGUUCAAUAUAUAAGAAAAAUUCAUUAUUUUGGAAGAGCAAUUAAAGAUGCUAGAUUUGCAUUAGUUAAUGUUGGAGGAAAAAUGGUUCAUGUUCCAGAUUUAAUGAGAUACGCAAGUGUAUUACAACAAAAAUAUGGACAAAAAAAGAAUAACAAUGAAGAUAUAAAAGGAGCAUAUGCACCAAAAGAUUUACCUCUAAUACGAUAUAUUGAUUAUGGAGCAAUGGCAUCAUUAGAUUCUUUAUCAAGUAUUUUUAGUACUGUAUUUGGAAAAAGCAGACAGCCUAGUAUGGUAUAA